AUGAUGCUCUUCAACAGCGCGCCCGGCAAGGUGGUCAUCCUCGACAAGACCGAAGGCAACGCUGCACGCAUCAACGGCCAUCCUGCAUGGGGUGAGGAGUGGGACACGCAAACUCGCUCGGGCCGCCUGAUGAAUGUCAUCACCAACACCUUUUGUGCGGGUGGCAUGUCGCUCGGCAACGGCACCUGGGCUGUCUUUGGAGGUAACGAAAACGUUGGACCAGGGGGCAAUUCGACCACACCUCGAUUCAGCACCACCGCACCUUACUACGACGGCGAUGGCGGCGCCGCUGCUCGCUUCUACACGGCCAACUCGCAAAAUACGUCCGACUGGGACGACGGGAACCACUAUAUGCAACGACGCAGAUGGUACCCUACCGUCGAGGCGCUCGCAGACGGCACACUCUGGAUUGGUGGUGGCGAGGACUACGGCGGAUACGUCGCUGACGAGGGACAGAACCAGCCCAACUUUGAAUACUGGCCACCACGAGGUGCAGCCAUCAACAUGGACUUUCUCACGCAGACCUUGCCCAUGAACCUGUAUCCGCUCGCAUGGCUCAUGGCCUCCGGUCUUCUCUUUGUCCAGGCAGGCCAGGAUGCGAUCCUUUACGACCUCGACAACAACUCGGUCGCCAAGGGUCUGCCUUCCACAACAGGUCCCAUGAAGGUCUACCCUGCCUCGGCGGGCGUGGCCAUGCUUCCCAUGACGCCGGCCAACAACUACUCGCAAGAGGUGCUCUUCUGUGGUGGUGUGCAACGUCCGCUCAAUGAAUGGGGCAACGGUGGGGGACCUCUGUACAACCCUCUUCCGUUCCCUGCAAGCAAACAGUGUGAGCGUAUCACGCCCGAGGCUGACAAGCCAACGUGGGAGCAGGACGACGACCUGAUCAACGGCAGAUCGAUGGGCACGUUUGUUUACUUGCCGGAUGGAAAGCUGUGGUUCGGACAGGGUGUGCGCAUGGGGACUGGAGGCUAUUCUGGUCAGAACUACAAUAAGAACAUCGGCAUCUCGUUGGGCGACCAGCCUGACUAUCAGCCCAUGCUGUACGAUCCGACCGCAGCAAGAGGCUCGCGAUUCUCGACUGCCGGCCUAUCGCAGAUGCAAGUGCAAAGGAUGUACCACUCUACCGCCAUCUUGUUGGAGGACGGCUCUGUGCUCACAGCCGGCUCUAACCCAAACGCAGACGUCACUUUGACCAACCAGGCCAACUACACCAACACCGAGUAUCGCCUGGAGCAGUGGUACCCGCUCUGGUACAAUCAGCCGCGACCGACUCAGCCCAACAUCACUCAGAUCGCCUACGGCGGCGGAUCGUUCGACGUGGCGCUGUCGAGCUCUGAUCUGUCGAACAACAUCACCAACAUCAAGACGGCCAAGAUGGUGAUCAUCCGAUCCGGCUUUGCGACGCACGGCGUCAAUUUCGGUCAACGCUACCUAGAGCUCAACUCGACCUACACGGCCAACCAGGAUGGGACGGUGGGCGGCACGCUGCACGUGUCCAACAUGCCUCCGAACGCCAACAUCUUCCAGCCUGGUCCGGCCAUGGCGUUCCUGGUGGUCAACGGCGUACCUUCCAACGGUCAGCACGUGAUGAUCGGCACGGGUCAGCUGGGCGAUCAGAACGUGAGGGCUUCAGUGACGCUUCCAGCCUCGCGAGAUCCGCCUGCACCCAGGACGAGUGGUGGUGGAUCUGGCUCGAGCGGCUCCGGCUCGAACAGCUCGAAUGGUUCCAGUGGAUCCAAUGGUGGUCUGCAUGGCUUGCCGGCUGGCGCUGUCGCAAUGUCGACAGCCAGGCUCGAUUCGCGCAGGUCGCGUUGUGAAUAUCGUUUCCCCGGCGACGACCUGGCCUCUGGCGAUCGCAAGGCCAUCGUCCGAGCAGCCGGUCUGCAUCCAACCACAUUUAGCGUUCGAUCCACAACUCUAAUGGUAUCAAGCUUCGGAACAGCAUACAUCGAUUGGAACCACAGCAUCGUACUCUAA